CUGCGCAUACGCGGGAUUUGUCCGUCCUAUCGUGGCUAUUGUCCGAAUACUCCCGAGAGAUCGUUGAAGACGUUGAAGCUGGUUAUAAAACUCAUUUGCCGGAGAAGCUGAUUCUGUUUCGUUAGAGCCGAAGAUGCCGAAGUCAAAAGAAUAUCUGUCUGACAGCGAUGACAGCAGUAGUGAGGAGGAAGUAAAGUCAAAAAAGAAGCAAAAGAGGGAAAGGGAAGAAGAUGAAGAAAAAGAGGCGAAGAAAGAGAAGAAACCGGCGAAGAAGCCGAAAACGGAUGAUGAAGAUAGUAUUUGGGACUUGGGUAACAAUCGCCAAGUAAAUGUGAGGAAUUUCAAAGGCAAAUAUUACGUCGAUAUUCGGGAGAUGUAUUAUGACAAGGAUGGCGAUUUAAAACCUGGGAAAAAAGGAAUAUGCUUAACCAUGCAACAAUGGCGAAAGUUAAUGGAUGUUGUGGAGGAGGUGGAUAAAGUGGCCAAGUCAAAGAGUUAGAAUUGUAAUUCUAACGAAUUCUAAUUUAAAAAAUGUUUCUUUUACGUUCAUGAUGCUUCCAACGUUACGUUUUUGAAAGUGUGUAACUGUCGUAUAUUUUUUUUUAAAGUCCGAGAUUUAUAAGUAUUUCUGUGAAACUAGAGAUUACAUAAAAUGUUGAAGUGUGUUAUUUGGGAAGUGUAUCUCUAAGAAAACUACACUUAUUUCUGAUUUGUAAUGGACAAAUAAAAUACUUUAUUUGCUAUUUUUUCCAAGAAAAUAAAUGGUAAGAUCCUGGAAACUAGUAACAUCGUAUCUGGUUUAUAUGUUAUAAAAUUUUGUGAGUUUUUCCAAAUCAUAUAAAUUGUAGUCGAUCGUGUACCGUAACACUUUAUAUUUCUUGUGUAGUACUAUGAAAAAUAUCACAUACGUUGUACGACAAAGAUAUAAUAGCUCUCAGAUAUUUGUCAGAAAAUCAUUUUCUUUAAAUUAUUGUAAUCAUAAUGUUGUAUCAAAUAAAUAAAAUUCAAUUGAUAUUGUGAAGGGA